CACGUGUUAUUCAUGCGCUCUCUACACUUUUGACCACGACGAUGCCCGACGUUCGAAUAGCAGCCCUCGCCGUCGUCACCUCCAUCGUGCUCUUCGGCACGAUCUACUCCGUCUUCAAUAACAGCUACCUCGACACAUCCAAUCCGCUGCUCACCUACCUCCCACAUCCUCUGCACGCGACGGAUUACUUUGCGGACAAGAAGAACCCGCUGAACAUCUACUUCAUUAAGCAGAUAUGGGCGUGGACGACCGGCGCAUUUUUCUGGCACUACUUCACCAGCCCACGGGCGGCGCGCACGAAGGAGCGUGUGUUCCAGUAUCUCAUUGCGACCGCCCUCUUCCUCGGUUUCACGAGCUGGUUCUUCGGUCCGGCAGUCCUUGAACGCCUCAUUGCGUCUACCGGGGGCGAAUGUGUCGUAAAUCUUCCCUCGGGCGCGGUCGUAUCCAUUCCGAACGAGUACUGCUACACGAAGUCCACCAUCUCUACUGCAACGCACCAGAGCUUGUUCCCGUCAGCGUUGGUGUUCCCCGAGUCGGAAUGGUUUAUGAAGCCGAGGUUGCGGAGAGGGCACGACGUUUCAGGUCACAUAUUUGUGCUGACUAUGUCCAUCCUCUUUUUGGUGGAUCAGCUCAGAACAUCGUUCGCCUCUCCACCGCCAGGAAGCAUCGACCGUGCUAAUAUGCAAUGGCCUCCAUCGCAUAAGUGGGCUGUGCUUGCUAAUGUCCUGGUGAUAUGCCUGGCGCUCUUCGCAACAUACACUACAAGCAUAUACUUCCACACGCCUUUCGAAAAGCUCACAGGAUAUCUUCUCGGAGUGGCAGGCUUCUUUAUCAUACAGUUGCCUGCGCUCAAGCCCGCACCUGAAGCAGCAGUCAUCACGAAUAGACAUGCCUCAUCGGAGGGCGAGAAGGAGGAUGCUACCAAGGAGAGCUGA